CAGCGGCUCGAGUCCCGAGGGCGUCGCGACCGUGCAGGCGGGCUCGCGAGUUCGGCGAUGGUAUCCCCGGGUCGUGCCCAGGACGCCGCCUACGGGGGAGUCGCCCUCGACGCCGAGCCCCCCAGCCCGCGCAGCGCCGACUGAGGCUCGACCGCGGAUGUUUGCUGACUUCUCCUCGGAAAGCUGUCUCCCAUGGUCCAAGAAAUUCCAUCUCCUAAGGCUUAUAGCGAUUAACGACGCGGAGGAAGGCGGUUCGUCGCGCGAUCGGCGCUCGGGCGCAGCUUCCGGUUCCGGGGCGAUCCUCUUCUACGCCGACCACGUGGGCUCCCCUUAUCGUCGCAUGGCCGAGGAUCGAAACGUCCAGCCGAUAAGCGGUCGCGAUCGAUCGACGCCUCGCUGGGGUAAGAACGACCGAAGGAGUCGCGAGUCGUAGCAGAACGCAAAAUGGACAACAAACGUUUCAAGCAGCAGGACGAACGAUGGUCGAUUCACGCGGCUUCAGGCCGAUAAGCCAGUCGUGGAACGUCGCCGUCGCGGUGGAGCGGGUGCGGGAGCUCGACUCGGAGUGCCUCUACGAGGAGAUCUCCGGGUUCUCCGGGGCCGACGAGUUGGAGCGCCGUCAGCAGCAGCACCGGCACCAGCAUCAGCACCUGCAGAGGAUCCGAGGGGACGAGGAGGAGGAGGAGUGCGACUGCGUCGGCAGGAGGGGACCGUACCGGUCCAGGGUGGACAGGCGACAUGGGGGCCGCUUUGCCCACGGGGAGUCCAGAGAGAGUCUCGCGUACCCCGCGGCUGGUGCCCCCUUCAAGCUGACCAGGGGGCGCAGCGCCCACUCCCGGUACCCCCCCUCGGCCAUCCCCAGGUACCACCACGGACACCACCUCUACCACUCGGCCAGCACGUCCCCGCGUCACGGAUUCGGCCGCGGCGCGUUCAGUAAUGAGACGCAGGAAGAAAUUCAAGAGGACGACGAAGCCACGCUUAGGGAGCUCCUCGUAAGUUUGCAAAAACAGGUCAGCGUGAUGAGUAUGAACUUGACCGCCAAGCUGGACGAGCUACAGCGCGGCGACCGCCAGCUGGAGACCACCGUCGCGCUCUGCGAGAUUCGGACCCAGCUGCAGGAACUCACCAAGAGCGUCGAGUCCUGUCAGAGCGAGGUCAGCGAGGUCAAGCGGGAUAUGGUGGCCAUCAAGCACGAAUUGGAUACGGUGCAGCAGGUGAAGGAGGAGAUAGAGGAGCUGAGGGAAUACGUGGAUCGUUUGGAGGAGCACUCGCAUCGACGGAAACUUCGCCUCCUAGAGCAGGGGUUAACGUUUUUCCUGUCGUACGCGAUUCUGGCGUCGAUGUUAGGUAUGCUGCAAUUCGGAUACAACACGGGAGUGAUCAACGCGCCGGAAGUGAACAUUGAGAACUUCAUGAAGGACGUGUACAAGGACAGGUAUGGAGAGGACAUCUCGGACGACUCCGCCAAGACGUUGUACUCGGUGGCGGUGAGCAUAUUCGCCAUCGGCGGAAUGCUCGGUGGUAUCAGUGGAGGCAUCAUUGCCAACAGAUUUGGCAGAAAAGGGGGCUUACUGCUAAACAACGUGCUGGGCAUCGUGGGGGCAUGUCUGAUGGGUUGCACCAAGGUCGCGCACUCUUACGAGAUGCUGUUCUUCGGGAGGUUCAUCAUCGGCGUCAACUGCGGACUGAACACCUCGCUGGUCCCCAUGUACAUAUCGGAGAUAGCACCGCUGAACCUGAGAGGUGGCCUGGGCACGAUGAACCAGCUCGCUGUUACGGUGGGCCUCUUGAUCUCCCAGGUGCUGGGCAUCGAGCAAAUUCUUGGUACAAACGAGGGCUGGCCCGUUCUCUUAGGAUUAGCCGUCGGCCCUUCCGUCAUGCAACUAGUGCUACUUCCCAUGUGUCCGGAAUCGCCGAGGUAUUUGCUCAUCACGAAGCAGUGGGAGGAGGAGGCCAGGAAGGCGCUGAGGAGGCUGAGGGCCAGCAACCAAGUCGAGGAGGAUAUCGAGGAGAUGAGGGCCGAAGAAAGGGCCCAACAGGCCGAAUCCACCAUCUCGAUGAGGGAACUUAUUUGCAGCCCCACCCUGAGGAAGCCGCUGGUCAUCGGGGUGGUCAUGCAGCUCUCGCAACAACUGUCGGGGAUCAAUGCUGUGUUCUACUAUUCGACUAAUCUCUUCACCAGCUCCGGGCUGACGGAUGAAAACGCCAAGUUCGCGACCAUCGGCAUUGGCGCCAUUAUGGUCUGCAUGACGCUCGUUUCCAUUCCUUUGAUGGACCGAACCGGGAGGAGAACGUUGCACCUCUACGGUUUGGGUGGCAUGUUCAUCUUUUCCAUAUUCAUCACCAUUUCGUUUCUUAUAAAGGAGUUUUUCGGUUACGUGCAGGAGAUGAUCGACUGGAUGUCCUACCUGUCGGUGGUCUCGACGCUGAGCUUCGUGGUGUUCUUCGCGGUGGGGCCCGGUUCCAUCCCGUGGAUGAUCACGGCCGAGCUCUUCUCGCAAGGCCCCAGGCCUGCCGCCAUGUCCAUCGCAGUGCUCAUCAACUGGAUGGCCAAUUUCUUGGUUGGCAUCGGCUUCCCGAGCAUGAAGACCAGCCUUGAAAACUACACGUUCCUACCGUUCAGUGCAUUCCUAGCUUUCUUUUGGAUCUUCACGUACAAGAAGGUUCCUGAGACCAAAAACAAGACCUUCGAGGAGAUUCUUGCCUUGUUCAGGCAUGCCAACGACAGCAGGAGCAGUUUGCGGGACAGCAGAUUAUAUGGGAGCAUGCUAAACUGUGUGAAUGCGUUAGAGGGACACAUACCACCGGCAGAGAGUGCAGCCCUGGUGGUGGCCGAGGAGAAGCCACAUCCAGAUUCAUUUGUGUUUGCAGCUGGCUCCGAGUCCUCUUCCGGCGCACCCGCUCAACCGGAGAGGCCACCGCCCCCGCUUCCCCCGCCACGCUUUCCGAGCAGCGGUGUCUGACAAUGGGAAAUUCCACUUAAUAUCGGGAGGUUUGCGAGGAGGAGGAGGCCGCUGGCGAUGGCGCUGCUGCUGAGCUCGAGCGGCUUCACCCUGGAACACCACCUCUGCGAGAUGAUCGUGGAGCGCGGCAAGGCCUGCGCCAGGUUCCUCCGGAAGGGCGCCCCCGGGGCCCCGGCCCCCCCUGCCCCACGCGGCUGAGAGUCAGUGCCUACCCGCUCCAGGAGGGACCCCCGACCGGACUACGACCGGACUACGAGACCCCUAGAUAGUCGUGGCCGUCUGUAGAUAAUUAGCGGUAAUUCGGAGGGGCUGUGUAAAUUAUUCGGGGACGCGAGCCUUUUUUACGGCGAGUCGCUCGGCUCGAUUCGGGCCCGGCCCCCGGGCGAGAGCGAAAGACUUGUAGGUGUAAGGGAAGGUUUUCGACCCGGGCGGGAACGUCGAGGAAGUGUUCUAUUCUUCGUCUAAGCUUCAUGGUGCUCGGUCGGGCCCGGAUAAGGGCAGAUUCAGUUGUGCCAUCGUUUAGUUCGGACUCUAAAUUUCAAACUUGACGACGAUCGCUCUCGUCGUAAACGCCGGACGGUGCACGCGUGAAGGUGGAUUCACGCGUGAUUCGCAAGGAAACGUUGUCUUUUGUCGGACCGCGCUAAUGGACCUUUGGGUGUAUUUCACGUUUUCAGUUACUCGGAAAACCUUCCCUUAUAUGUACAUAGGUGUAUAUAAUUGUGUACUUUAACCGUUUGUACGGUAUCGUUAUUCGGCACAUUUUUAAUGAUCUUACAUUACUCGGUAGAAUGACUCGGUUGUCCGGGAAAGGAACUUUCCGAUUAAUUUCCUUAGUGAGAACGAUAUUUUUCCCCCGCAAUUAACAUUGAAUGUUUUGCAGAACUCGCACCGAUUAAUUGUCGAGGAACCUCGUGCAACCUCUCACCGUGCGCUUACGAUUCUCUGAACCAAUUUAUAAAUAAUACGACGUGUUUGUACCGACAUGGCGGGAAAGAUGUCGUAACGUAUAGGUAACGUAACGUUUAGCGUAGCGAGUACGAGUAACGAGAGACGAAGGAAAUUGAAUAGAAGAAGAAGGAGGAGGAAGAGAGAGACUUUUACUUAUAGGCUAUCCAAGUCACACGGAAUCAGUGAGAAAGGCAAUAACGCUAUUGAACUGAAAACAUGCUAAUUGUAGGUUUCCUCGCAUUAUAGUAUUAUCGGACUUUACAUUACGAGUAUUAAUCUAGGCUAGGCAUAGCGAUUAGACGAUAGCGGUGUACUUGCGAGCUAACGAGUCCGACGAGUACCGCGCAAAAACUGGAAGAAACGAUACGAGGUGCAGAGAAAAGGAGAGACGGAUUGUCUUUGGUUCACGCAAUGGCUGUACAAUAACCGCGGGCCGAGUAAUGCUAGCAUAUCCAUUUUUCAAUUGUUAUAAGCUUAUAAACUCACUAUAUAGCGGGACGCAAGUGCAAGUACCCUGGCUCGAAUUAAAUAUGCAAGCACCCCGUCUUCGCGACUUUAUCGGUUCGCGCCUCGGAAAAGAAGUCCUUUCCUGCGUUUCGCAUCCCGCAAACGAGAAUUCUAAACACCGCGGGUGCAUUUCCGAAAAGCGGAUACCUCCGUUUCAAAUUAAUCGGAGGUGUCCGCUUUUCGAAAGCGUAUCCAACACCGCAGCUUCCGACGAAUACCGAAUUAGGAGAGAAAGAGAGAGUCCCGAAGGGACUAUAAACCCCUUGGAAUGAUCGAAAAAAAAAAGGACUUGCCGAUCAACGAACGAACUCGAAGGACGUGCCUCUGGCACCAGUCUCGAUAUCGUGGGUGGAAUCCAUGCCGAUCGGUUAUCCUUGCAUAGCUAGGUUCGAGUCAACGGCCAUCUUGAACUCGUCGACACGAAAUGGGUUGAGCCUUAAGAAGUUUGGAUCGUUCCAUCGUGCGAGUGAUUGCGAUUUUUAAAAUAAGUUCACUGCCAUGCAUCGACUUGCGCACCUGCAAAAGCGCCAAUAUUCCAAACGUGGAUGUGUACUAUUAUGUGAAAAAUACUUAUCGUAACGUGAUUAUACUCAGAAAAUGAUGCUAAUCGGUUCGGCUCGGACGUCGGUACGUCGAGGUGCAGGUGGAAAGAAAAAAAAAAGGAAACGGGGAAAACGUCGAAAGUAAAUGUUGCGUGAUGUCAAUCGCUGGGCUCAAUUUUCAAUAUUAAAUCCGGAAGUAGUACCGAUGAUAAGGUAAAUCCAAAAUACGCGCACCACCACCCGUCCGAGUCGCGUUAAUUAGCGUUACGUUAAACUAACUAGCGUAUAUUAAUAUGAAGGGUGAUAUACGGAUACGGAAAGAAAAAAAAAGAGAAAUCGAUUGCAGAGCCAUUAUAUACCGCAUGAAAAUGUCGACGACAGCCAGUCUCGAAGUUUUCGUCGUUUUCAUUGACUAUCGAGUCGCGUCCUUCCCAUGGAUUUCCUCUUCCACGAAGAUCGAAGGUUAGUUGUCUCUCUCGUUGUCGUGGAGCCAUUUCCUAUUGAACGUGCGGUUGAAAUUAUAUUUCUUGUUAUUUCCCCUCCUUGAAGAAAUUGUUGACUCGUUGUAGCAAUAGCGUUAUCCUGUUGAGAAGAUUUUACAUUAAUCUAGGGACGGUUACGUUUUAGGGGAACUGUAAUUACAAUGGGAUUGACGUUUUAAUACUUUAGGUAGUUCUCGUUGCGUACUUUGGUUUCGAUGUAUCCGUGAGAAUAAUUCUUGGGGACGAAUUCUUUCCUUUCGGCAUCGACUCGCGCUUCGCGGAUCCGCGACACAUUUUCAAUUUAUAUAAGGCUCUGUGAUUUAUAUAUAAAUAUAUAAAUAUGCUAGUAACGAUUAUUCAUAAUAUACCGUUAUGUAUUACCGAUUACCUACUUAUUUAACUUGUAGUCUCAAUUGUGUACAGUAAGUAACACUUGAUACGAACGAGACAUGUUCACCGUACCUCGUUACGAGUUUGUAGAUAAAACAGUAAUAUCAGAAA